GCUUCUAAGAACUUAGCUGAAAUCUGCGAACAACUCGGGGAGCCCGUUGCAACCUUGCUGGGAUAUUUGCCUCUCGAUAAGGUCAUCACCAAGACGCAAAAUCAUGAAAAAGAUGCCAUAUCAUUCAUGCUACUGUUCGGUGACGUUCGUAAGCAGUCGGUGGACGAAACCCAGGAAGUCUGGGUCUUGCUUUAUCCACCUACUAAGGAGGGCGAGCCAGCUACCCUCGAAUUCAGCUCGUACGAUAGAACUACUGGAGACUCAGAACUUCAUAGCAACCACAACAUUAGUACAAGGGUAGACAAUGCAGCUGCAUUCAAAAUGCCUAAAAGGCCAUCGCGCGGCAAGCAUAGUGCACUAGUACGGUACUACUUCUUAAAGAAACUUGCAGCUACUGAAGACGAAACAAACGGCAUUUCCGAGCUCAAGUUUCCCCUGCCAGUCAACAAAGGCAUUCUCGAUGGCUUAAAGCUGGCAUGUAGCGAGUUUGAGGACGAAGCAAAAGCUACGCUGGCUAGGUCCGUUAGGCAGCUAUCAGUCACUCUCCCAGAAAGCCAAGAAAGCGAUGCAACCCUCGACUUCGAAGACUCCAAAGAACCCAUCAACGAACAGCUCCGGCGUGCAUGGGCCCCAUUCCGAACUUCAUAUCCCUCCCAAGACCUCAUUGCCCAAGCCCUCGUCUCCCUUCACGAAAAAGAAGCAAACAUCAAGGCACACAUUGCAAACCUUGACGACCACCUCAUUGCUCUAGCAGAACAGCGCAUAGACCUUGAGCAGCGCUGCAAGAGCGUCGAAGCUGAACGCCUGGUCGCUGAAAAGGAAAUCGCUCAUAUCAAGGCGCAGCGUGAAGAUCUGUUCGAGGGCUUGAGUCCUGCGGCGGUGUUUGAGCUAGGCAGGAAAAGCGAGCAGACGAAUCCUACCAAGCGGCGUAAGAUUGAUUGA